UAGACUUCUCAGUGUACGGUUCGUACGAGCAUUCGUCAGUUUGGUCGUCCGGUGCCAGGGAUUACACAACUAAUACAACCGAGUGUGGUGUGAGAGGAGAAACCAGAAGUGUGUGGAAGAUUGUGUGCGUUCAGCGAGUUUUGAUAACACAAAUUCAGUGUGUGCUCUUUCUGGAUGUAACCCCAACACUCUGUGGUAUCGCGGCGUUUCCCCUCUUCAAUUGUUCAAGCUGUGCCAACGGAACAGCGGAUCGAAUUCAUUCGCGUGAAAAUUUCUGAAUGUGCUGGUGAGCUGCUGCCUGGUGCCUCAGAGAGACGUCGAAACAAGUUCAGCACUUUGCGUGUGUCGCGUUCCGUGUGUGGACCGAGUGAAACCCGCUUCUACCUUACAUAAUUGUCGUUCCGUGUCGAAUCGGGGAAAAUUUUGUGCUUCAGAAGUUGUUCCACUUCUGCUCCAGUGUCAGCAAACCGUCGUCUGGCUCUACGAGUUACGAGGAGUGGGUGGAGAUACCGAUAGGGAACAGAAAAAUCUCUCCCGGAGUGCUUCGACACGGUGGUGGUGUGUUGUAUAGAGUAGCUGCCGCCGCUAUAUUAUUCCAGGGGAAAUCCCAGCAGAAGAUCCGUAGGUCUUCGCGCACACAGCGCACAGAAACCCUAUUAGGUGUGGUGUGUUGACUGACUAGCGAGGCGUAGGAGAGUGGGAAAUAGGAUAAAGAAAUGGAGUGGGACAUUUGAGGAAUCAUAGCAGGCCGCCAUCGGUGAUAAGAUUAUAGAAUUGAAACCGUUCGUUUUUCGGUACAGUUCCAAACUUGUGUGUGCGUCAGCGGAAGUCAGCCUGUUAUAGUUGGAUGUUAUUGAAGUGAGAAACGAAGACGAGAAAAAAAAUAAUCCAUCAGCGGACGGUGCAAACUAAGAAUAAAGGAAUACAGCAGAAAAAAUGGAUAAAUCAAGUGAAGGUGAUUCGCGUGACGGCGGGCCGUCAACGAAUCCGACAACGGCUUCGUCAUCGUCUGCGACUCCAGCAGCAAUUGGGUGUGGUUCUAAUUCCGGUAACACCACCAGCAGCAGCAGCCCACCAAUGACGAGCCCAAUGACGCUGAACGUCACCACCACGACCGGAGGCAGUUUCUCAGUCGUUGUGGACGGUGAAAAUUCGGUGGAAAAUCUGAAGAAAAUUAUAUCGAAAAAGCUGAAAGUCUCCAAGGACCGCAUAUGUUUGCUACAUCGUGAGAGAGAACUACACGAUGGAACGCUCCGCGAAAAUGGACUGAUGGAUGGUUCCAAAUUGAUUCUAACACCCAACGUAGAAACGGGUCUAUUGGCACAGCGGGCCGAGAACACGGUUAUGCAAGCGUUGGAAUCCCUCAAUGAUAAUCAGGUGAACGAUUUUCUCAGCGGCAAGUCACCACUGAACCUGAGUGUACGCCUUGGUGAUCACAUGAUGUUGAUCCAACUGCAACUCAGCACGCUGAAUCCUUCGUCACAAAACAGCAGCCGCGGUAAGAGUCACAGAUCGCGAACAGCAAUAACUGGUUCUUCAUCUGGGGGAGCAAGUACCAGUACGAGUGUUGCAUCGAGCUCCAUCCAAUCGAGCUCAUCGUCAUCCUCCAGAGGUAUUGGUAGAACAACGAUUCCAAUUGGUUUCCGUAGAGUCCCUGCUUCGUCCAGUCAACCGAUGGUGGAGCAAGUGAGCGAAGCGCAAACACUAACCAAGCAAGAAAUAGACAAUAUCCACAGAAUAGUCAAAAAAUUAGCAGUUAGUGAAAACCCAUCGGUGGCGACUGUCUCACCGUGCGCACAGGAUUCAAUGGACACCGAUUCAGGUCUGAGGUCUCCGGCCACGGAAUCUCCAAUCAAGUCGCUGUCCAACCUAGUAUCUAGUUCAAUAAACUCCAACAUUCCCGCUCCCUCUGCGUGCAAUAACAACACUCUUGAGAUCGUUGGCCCAUCGUCACCUUGUGCCGAUCCAAUCAGUGCCAACCUCACCUCCUGCUUGUGCAAAAGCCUAGACAGUAACGACAAUAACUGUUGUGAUACCAAUUGUCUGUCACGGGUGCCAGAACCACAGCCGCAACCGUCAACAUCGACCGCAAGACUACAUCGAACCGCGCACAAUCCUAUCGCUCGUCACAAAACAAAAAUUCAAACGCUUAAGAAACACCUGAGCUUUGACAGUGCCAGCCUAGCGAAAACCGAACUGGACAUCGUGCAACCCGUUGGUCCUGCUUCUGCCCAUACUUCACCAAAACGGGUCGAUCAGCAUCAACAUUAUCACCUUUCGCACCACCAAAACCAGCCACAUUCUCAAGCCCAAGUACAUCCUCAGCCCGGACCAAGCACUUCGUCCGACCCAAACAAUGUAGAAAAUCCGGCACUGGCGGAAGCCUCCCGCAAUCUGACGCAAACCCUGCGCAAACUGUCCAAACGGGUGUUCACCAACAAAGUCAACGACGUGUCACAGGAGGCGGCACGAAACGUCAGCUCCGGUGCCGUGAUCGAGUCGAUGAAACACCACGGGAAGGGCAUCUACUCGGGAACGUUUUCCGGAACUCUGAACCCCGCCCUCCAGGAUAAAUUUGGCCGACCGAAGCGGGAUAUUUCCACCAUUAUCCACAUACUGAACGAUUUGCUGAGUGCGGCACCCCAAUGUGCCCGAUCGGGUACCAAAAUUUACUUCGAACCAUCGAGCCAAACUUCCGCCACGACUCCCGCGACGCCUGCAGUUUCUUCCCCGCCACCGAUGGCGAUGGCGGCCCCGACAGCAUCGAUGGCCGGAGUGGGGACAAGCAAUGGUGGAAACUUGCACCCACUACCAUCCGUUCACGCAUCAUCCAGCACUACUACUGUGACUACGCCAAUGGCUGCCCCGAGUCCGCGACUGGUUUCUCGAUGCAUCCCAACGCCAAUACAAACCAAAAAAUACCCUAGUGCUGGAACCAGCAGCACUGGUAGUGGAAUGGUUGGGUCGAGUUGCGUUAUCUGUAAAUCCAUCGAUCCACCCGGCGUACCAUCGAUCAGCAGCCGCUGCCACCAUACCUACCAUCAUCAGCAGAAACUAACGCCAGCCAAGAUUCUCUGCAAGUGUGGUCUCACGCUAACACCUACAAGUGAAUCCCCUGCUGUUGAUGUCGUCGGCGGCAGCCAAGCUCAGUGUCCUCGGUGCGCUGCCAUCAGUGCCGCCGAGCUCGAAAACUCCAAGACCAAGUCCAAGUUGGACAACCUUCGCCUGAUUAUGCAGCAGAAAAAGGAGCGUCGCGAGGCACGUAAGCAAAAAUGUGCUCCCUAUAGCAUUUUAGCGGGGCCAACGCUCGCCACCAUCAUCUCUUCUUCUUCACCGGUGUUAUCCAACAAAUCAGCAGCAGUUGCGGCUGCCAGUGGGUCGGUUUUGGAGGCGACUUGUUUCUCUCGCUGCCAACUUGUGAACAACACCCCCAAUGCAGCCGCAGCAGCAGAAACCGGCGCAGAGACAAUGGAAAAGAAUUCGUCCGCGAUGCAAUCCAAAACGGCCAUUGCCAGCAACAAUAACAAUGCGGCGGCGGCCACAGCCACCGCUACUGCCACUACUACUACCACGUCUGCAACAGCGGCGGCGGCGACGGCGACGGCGGCCGCAUCUCCGUCGGAGGCGGCUCAAAAUCAUCAAAUCGUCGAAGAGGUUGAUACUGUUGCAUAAGGUAUUUGGACUCUCCCUUCUCAGCUUCAGAGCAGUUUGCGAUAUGGUUUUUAGGGUACUUGUCUCACCUGUGCGACAUACACAUAGAACACGGUUCGUGCGGGGGAAGAGAAUUAAGACCGGGGUAACUCACUCCCACCCAAUCACGCGCUCUCGUGAGGGUUUGCUCGCAGCGCUGAGUUGAUCUCAUUUUGAGCGAGUCGAAGUAAAAAAAAGAAGAGCGAGAGAGUGUAAUAUGAUUUUGAUAGGAAAAAGUAUAGCGCGCCAUCUGUGUGCGGACAUCCAAUCUACGCCAUUUGUGCUGGCGUCUGAGUAGAAGAGAUAGAAAAACAGGAGGGAUGAAUCGACACAUUUUCUGCAUUUUAGUAGCAAAAAAAAAAUGAUAUCGCAACCGAAUCGAUCGAAGAGUAUCGCUCGAUUUUGGAUAUCGGGCGCAAACAUUUCAAAAAAUACAUGAAUCAUUGUUCUAGCUAAUUAAACAAAUAGUAGCGUUUUGUCAAGCGGUGGCGAUCCACACCACCGGCUGUAAGAUUUUCUCUUCGUAGCAAUGCAUAACAAAAAAUAUAUUAAAAAAAUAUAAAAGGAUCAGAUUGCAGUAGGAUGAAAAAAAAAUAAUCUAGUGAAUGUAAACCGUAUGUAACCCGUUCCAUGUGGAAUAAUGAAACACUAUUAGAACUCUUCGUCAGAUUAGUUUUCAGUGCUUUUUCGUUGAUCAAUUUGUUUAAUGUCAUUUUGUGACAUGGUCUCCAGGAUUAUUAUUUUCCUAUCCUUUGGUUACAUUGAAUCUGCCGUUAAAACAAAAUUUUAUUUUCAACAACUCCAAAAAAUACAUUGGGGUGAAAUUUAUUAGAUAAUCGACAAUUUCUUCUAAAAAAUGACAUUUUUUUCUUGUUAUCUAUUGUGUUACCUGUGGAUAUAUUCACUAUUAAACUGAGGUUGAAAUUGUUAUCCUUUAAUUUUUCGAUCAUUAUCGGAAUGUGGCCUUUAUGCUGUUAUUCAUUUAUGAUGAAUUUUUUUUGAGAAAAUUUUAUGUUCUUUUGCACCGUUUCCGUUUGUUUAGUAAAUUCUCUCUACUUAUUCCAGAUUCAGACAUUACUUUUUAAGACGAAUUGAAGUGCUAGUGAAGAGCACACACACACACAAACCUUUGAGUUUCGUUCUCACGUCAUCUUACUUUGAAUUCACACCUAGUCGAAUCGAACAUUUAACAUUAAUACACACCGUUACAUUGGAAAAAUAUACUUAAUUGCUGCGCGCAAUACAAUUCAUCUGCUUUCACUUUUACUAGUCACACCAUGAUAUGAUGAAGAUGCACAGACAGAAAUCGGAAACCCAUCUUGUGAGACCAACAAAGAAAAAAAAACGAUAUAAAAGAAAUGCUUCAUGAAGAAGUCAAAUAAAAAAAAAUAAACUCAACUAUGCUUGUACGAACCAUCAAAACUCUCGGUCGUUUCUUUACUGGAGAUAUCCCAAAGUGGUUUAAGCUUUCGAUAAGCCCAUUUUUUGUUUUGUAUAUGUUCAGCCUGUUGGUGGCAAUCUUCAGAUCUUUUUGAGUGUCACACCUGUUCCAUUUU